GUUCAGCGGUGAGAUUGCACCUGUUCAUGUCGUUAAAGACCCGAGUGAUUAUUUUUUUCAUAAAUUUGUACUAAACGACAAAUCAAAUUUUAAAAAUCAAAAAUGGCUUCAAUUGAUACUGUCACGUUGCCUUUCGAAGAAAAACCUUUGUACAAACCAUCGCUGGAAGAGAUUCGUGAUGUAAUCGCUACUGGUUUAGCAUCCAACUUCGCCAACGUUAAUGUUGAAGUUGUGGAUUGUCCAAAUCUCACACAGGCGCCAUUCCAUCUAGCUGGAGAAGGUCUUAGCGGAAGCUGUGCCCUCUUGGAACUUGGCGGUCCACCCUUUCUAUUCCCUCGUGUUGAUUACACAAAAUUGUACGAUCUAGUUUCUAUUUUACGAAAAACGUUGAAUGAUUCCAAAAAGCAAAUCCUGGCAGUCGGUGCUGGUGCAGGUCCGUACCCCUAUGUAAACUCAAACUGCGAAGGUAUGUUCAAUCUCAAAAUCGCUGCGAAUGGACACAUUACCAAUGAAAGCCACAUCGCCCAAACCACGCCGGACUGCAAGCGGGUUUUAUUGAAAAAGCUACCAAACACGGAAACGCGCUGCGCUCUGAUGGCGAAUAUUUUUCUGUCCGAGGGUAAACCUGGUAAGGUACUGAAGGUCAACUGUAUGAAACGCACCGGAAAUAAGGAUUUUAUUGCAAGCAUUCGAACCACACUUGCACAGCAUUACGGAGAUAAAACCGUUGGUUUGGGAGGUGUAUUCCUGUUGAAAAACGGAAAAGCGAAACAACACGUGAUGUCACCAUUCUCGGAAGCUGCUAUUCACACUGAGGAAGAGCUUAACACGUGGCUGAACUUUUUCGACAUGUCCGCCACUCUGAUUGCCGUCGGAACGAUGGUAACCAACGAAUGCGAUCUGGACCUACGGCUGCAGCACUUCCACAGUUUCUCAAAACACGGCGAAGGUGGACACUACCACAUCGACACCACACCGGACAUCGUCGAAUAUGAAGGCUUCUUCAACGUUGGUGAGAAGAUAAUUCGUGUUGAUAAACCUGUCCACACUCACAAAUUUGGUCGAGAUUGAUUUGCUGCUUUUUGUACGACUAAAUAAAUGAAUUGACCCAACCAUCCAUAGGUCAUCGGUAAUUAAAUGCUCGA